AUGGGCUCCAGGCUAGAAAAGAACUCUACCUCGGUGCGCAAGCGCAUUGAAAGCCACACCUUUAGCGAUGAGCAGGGCGAAGAAUAUGAAGGCUCCAAGUUCGGCGGAUUCGCCGAUUAUAUGCGGCGGAAGAAGAUCAAAUUGCAGAAUCUUGAUGCUGAAAUACGAUCGCACUCCACCGACAAACCUCCCAUUUUUCGCGGGGUGGUAGUCCAUGUUAAUGGCUAUACUCAGCCCUCGUUGAGUGACCUCCAUAACCUGGUGGUCAGCCAUGGGGGUGGCUUUCUACAAUAUCUCGAUGGCAAGACUGCUGUCACGCACGUUGUUGCAAGUAAUUUGACCCCAAAGAAAGCAGUCGACUUUGCCCGAUAUCGUAUUGUCAAGCCUGGCUGGAUCGUCGAUAGUGUCAAGGCUAGCAGGCUCUUGCCCUGGGAUGCCUACAGGCUGGUGGAUGAGGGGGUGACACAGAAGGUGUUGGGCUUUGAGAAUGGCCAGAUGAUCAGCCAAACCAAUGAGAAAAAACACACGUAUCGCGACCAGAGCGAAACCAGCUGGUAUACUUCGCAGUUACGCCAAGGGGGAGAUGUUGAGGCUGGAACUCGUCAUUCCUCAAAUUCGCAGAGCGUACCUGAGGGCCCGGCUAUUGAGCCCAUUGACCGAAGCGAUGCAGGCUUACAUCAAAGCAGCAGUGUGGCAACUCCGCCAGUACCUGAAGUGCAGCAGGAGAUCGUGGCAUUGUCCAGAGAAGACAACUCAGCAUCUAGUGCACGAGAUCGUGCACAGUCUCCUCUACCCUCUCCGUCAUCGUCUCCUUCCCAUCCUCUGCCGUUUUCGGUUCUAAAUGCAGGGCAGAAGCCCGAGAAACGUCAGUUAACGGCUGAAGAGCAUAAUGCUCUCCUCCUUCAAAAUCCACACAUGGCCAAGUCUAGUACUGCAAACCCUGAUUUCAUCAACCAGUACUACCGGGAGUCGAGACUACAUCAUUUGUCCACUUGGAAAGCUGAACUCAAAGCACAAAUGCAGGCACGCGCUCAAGAAAAGUCCUCGUCGCAAAAAUCCAAGCAAAGUACAAAACCAGGCGCGAGAAGGUAUGUCAUGCAUGUAGAUUUUGACAGCUUCUUUGCUGCAGUCUCACUCCGCAAGCAUCCUCACCUGUCAGACAAACCAGUUGUGAUCGCACAUGGAAGUGGCCCAGGAUCGGAAAUUGCCAGUUGCAAUUAUCCCGCGAGACAAUUUGGCGUCAAGAAUGGGAUGUGGAUGAAGACAGCGCUUGAACUCUGCUCGGAUCUAAAAGUUCUGCCAUACGACUACAAGGCAUACGAGGAAGCUAGUCGCCAGUUCUACGACUCAAUUUUGGCAAUUGAUGGUAUCGUCCAGAGUAUCAGCAUUGAUGAAGCCUUGAUUGAUGUCAGCGAACAAUGCAUCAAAGCUGGCGGAUCGGAUGGGCGGGGCAUCUCAGAAGGCUCCCUUUAUCGUGAGCAAGAAGCUGCACAACGUCUUGGUGAAGAGUUGAGAGCCUCGGUGAAGGAAAAAACUGGAUGUGACGUUUCGGUUGGUAUUGGAGGAAACAUUCUCCUGGCGAAAGUCGCAUUAAGGAAGGCUAAGCCAGCUGGACAGCAUCUGAUCAAGCCGGAGGACAUACUCGACUUCAUCGGCGAACUUACUGUUACCGAACUUCCAGGCGUUGCUUGGAGUAUAGGUAACAAGCUGGAAGACAUAGGCAUCAGGUUCGUGAAGGAUCUUCGUUCGUGUACUAAGGAGCGAUUAAUCAACACCUUGGGCCCAAAGACUGGUGGAAAGCUGUGGGAUUAUUCUCGAGGAAUCGACAAGCAGGAGGUCGGUGAACAGGUGGUUCGCAAGUCAGUUUCGGCAGAGAUCAAUUGGGGGAUCAGGUUCAUUAACCAACAGCAAGCGGAAGACUUCGUACAGAGUCUUUCCGAUGAGCUGUCAAGGCGCUUGCUCGAACAGCUUGUGAAAGGAAAGCAAUUGACGAUGAAAAUAAUGCGGAAAGCUGCCGAUGCAGGUCUGGAUCCGCCCAAAAAUCUCGGCCAUGGCAAGUGUGAUACUUUCAACAAGAGUGUAAUGCUCGGUGUCGCCACGAACGACGGGGUGGUUCUUGGAAGAGAAGCUAUUUCCAUUCUACGAAGCUACAAUUUCCCCCCUGGAGAACUUCGAGGACUCGGUGUUCAGAUGCAGAAACUGGAGCCCUUGAAACCUUCAGGGACGGGCGGCUCUGGCCUCUCUGACGGUAGUCAGCGCCGGCUGCAAUUCAAAAAGCCUUCUACACCAUCUCGACCUGCAGAACAGCCUGGACUCCGCACCACCUCUCGAUCAGCCCUUCACUCCCCUAAGAUUAAGCAUAUCGAAGAUCCCAUCGAAGAGAUCCCCACCCCAGAGAAAGGAAAAUUGCAUGAUAGUGUUUACAGUGCCUUGGAUUACCAAGCCAACGAUGCGACUGAGCAAAGACCUCUUAACGUGAGUGGCACUCAGUUCAUCAUGCCUUCCCAGAUCGAUCCAACAGUACUGGCCGAGCUCCCCUCUGAAAUAAGAACGAAGCUUGCUCCUAAACAAAAGAGUAUCAUGGACAGUAUAACGCGAUCAACGCGACCACAAACACCUCUAAUAGAUGGCAACUCAAGAUCAACCUCGCCCUAUCUUAGUGACAACGAAGCAACGCUACCACGGCCAAGUCAGAUUGACCCAGAAGCGCUAGCUGCGCUUCCUCAGGACCUCAGGGACGAGAUACUGGCCCAAUACAAGGCCCAAGAAAACGGAGAGUCGACUUCACGAGCUAUAGCAUAUUCCCCUCGAAAACCCAAAGCUCUCUCAACCUCAAAAAAGAUUCCUGUAACUCCCACGAAGCGACAGAAAACUUCUAGUCUAUUCGGUAAAGUGAAGCCAAAAAGGGUUGGCGAUGUCUCCUCAUCCACUCUCACUCAGUCCAACUUUAUCUCUGCUCCAAGAGCAGCAGAGUGUCAUCAAAGUUCAAACCAAGAUGAUGAAGAAAUCUCUGAGUCUUUUCUGAACGAAUUACCAGAAGACAUUCGCCUCGAAAUCCUGGAAGAACAGAAGAGAGGCAGGAUGAAGGCAAAGUCUGGCCUUAAUUUCGAGAGCGUUAGAAAAAAGACGAAGGUAACAAUUGCAGUCGAGUCUGGCGUCGGAGGUCAGCAAAAAUUGCAGCUAGCCCAACAACCAGAUAAACCAACCUUCACUUCUCAAAAGCUGAGUGCUCUGCCAGAGUUGCGUGAUGCAAUAUCUGCAUGGGUCAGAGAGUUUUCUUCUGCUGGAGAUGGCCCGGACCCGGAAGAUGUCAAUGCUUUGGCCGAUUACCUCGUCAAAGUGGUCGGCAUCGAGCGAGACAUGGCCAAAUCUGUUGCUGUCGUCAAUUGGCUCGGGUUGAUCAUUGAAUAUGAAAAUUUCACAGGCGAGGAUGUUCGUGGUGCUUGGGAAAGGGCUCUUGCGAUUUUGAAGCAUCAUGUCCAGAUAGCGAUUAAAGACAGAGGUCUGCCGGCGGUCGUCUUCGAAUGGUGA